ACGCGGCUCAUUGUAACUCUGCAGCAAACUGUUUUAUAUCACUAAAUACACCAGGAAGUUGACAUCUGAAACAUGAACAAACGAAAACUGAGUUUCAAAUGGUUUGGGAGCCUCACUAAUCUCUCCAUCCGCCGCCCGUCAGAGAAGGCCAACAUCAAGGCAGGCCCAGAGCAUGAUGGGAGCCUCGGUGGUGCCAAAUCAGCAGCAAGGGAACAAUCAGUGGAUGACAUGGACGACUGCCUCCGCAGCCCAAGCUACGCCCGCUCCGGCGAGAUGCACACACAUGUGGGCACUGUGCCCCGCACCCAGAAACAGAAGAAGAGCUUGAAGGGGCUGAGGGAGGAGAAGAAGAAAGAGGAGGAGGGGGUGAGUGAAGGGCAGAGCCAGUGGAAGGCGGGGGACCAUGUCCGAGACUCCCCUCUGCUCAGUGCCCUGUCCAGCCUCAGUCUAACCAGCAUGGACCGGCCGCUGCCAGCCACCCCGACUCCCAGCCGGGCUUCACCUCUGUCCUUUGUACCUAAAGGCUGCGUCAAUGAUCCUUCAGUGGACCCCAUUAAAAACCAAGGGUCACAGCAAAGGAGCAGGGAUAAUUUCGAAACUAGUAGAGAUGUAAGAGAACCUUUAAGCGUGGCAACAAAUGGCACCAAAACGGCUAUGAACCAGGAUGUUUACGUGCCGAUGGACCCGAUAGCAGAAGCAGCUCGCAGCCACGUGGGCGACCAAACAGAGACGCAGCUUGGUGUCACGUCAAGAACACAGGAAACCAAGAAGACUGUGAACGGCUCGCAGGAGGUGAAGUGCAGGUGA